CAUUCAGCAGAUAGUUAACUUCACUGUACAAGGAUUUGGGAUCUAGCUAGUUAGCUAACGGUAAUCUGUGUAUCCAGAGAGCAUAUUAACGUAACACAAUGCGCGUAUGUUAGCAAGAUAUAUGCUAUUAGCAAUGCCACUUCUGAGAUGUGUUGUUCCAAAUGGAAACGGAACGAGCUAACGUCAAAACGUAAACUAGCAUCACAGGUUAAUAUUCAGUCUCUUGAUGUAUGGGUGUUUUUUUUUAAAACAACAAUGGCAAGUUUGGGCAGUGAACCGCUGUGUGGGGAAAAGUAACGGCUAACAGUUAACAGGAACAGUGGACACUGGACAGGUAUGUCUCUUCGGCUACUUUCGUGGCUGCUGCUGCUGCUCCUCUCUCUGGGUCUGUUCAGACACGAACUCCCGGGGGCUCGGGCAGAUUCGGUAACGUCACCCAGUGCUGCAAAAACUUUAGUUUGGGGACCUGGACUCGAAGCAAACGUCGUACUUCCAGCGCGAUUCUUCUACGUGCAGGCGGCAGACAGCUCGGGGAGAAAUUUAACAACAUCACCCGGUGAGAAGACCUUUGAAGUCAAAAUUGUGGCUCCAGUGGAGGAGUUCACCCGCAUCUGGAUCCAGGUCCUGGAUCGCCAUGAUGGCUCCUUCCUGGUUCGCUACAGAAUGUAUGCCACCUACACGGACCUCCACAUCCACGUUCUGCUCAAGAGCAAACAUGUGGCCGGGUCACCGUUCGUUCUCAAAGGCCCAGUCUACCAUGAGGGCUGUGACUGUCCCCAGCCCAGUGGUUCUGAAUGGGAGGCCCACAUGCACUGUCCUCAGUCCUUCCCUCAGAUAGACAGGGACCUGGCCAUCUACUCUGGUGUUGACCCAGAUGUUAAUGCGCAGGAGAUCCCACGGCGCUUUGGACAGAGACAGAGCCUCUGCCACUACACUGUUAAAGACAACCGGGUCUACGUUAGAACCUUUGGAGAGCAUGUGGGUUUCAGAAUCUUUAUGGAUGCGAUCCUCUUGUCACUCACCAGAAAGGUGCGGCUCCCUGACAUGGAGUUCUUUGUUAACCUGGGUGACUGGCCGUUGGAGAAGAGGAAACCCACUGAGAAGAUCCAUCCCAUAUUUUCCUGGUGUGGCUCCAACAACACCAGGGAUAUUGUCAUGCCCACCUAUGACCUGACUGAGUCUGUCCUUGAGACCAUGGGGAGAGUGAGUCUGGACAUGAUGUCGGUGCAGGCCAACACCGGGCCACCCUGGCCGGGGAAGAAUGCCACGGCCUUCUGGAGGGGCCGGGACAGUCGACAGGAACGCCUGGAGCUGGUCAAGCUCUCCAGGGCUCACCCCGCCAUGAUAGAUGCUGCCUUCACCAACUUCUUCUUCUUCAAGCAUGACGAGAGCCUCUACGGGCCGCUGGUCAAACACGUGUCUUUCUUUGACUUUUUCAAGUACAAGUACCAAAUAAACAUUGACGGCACUGUUGCGGCGUAUCGACUGCCGUACCUCCUGGCGGGAGACAGUUUGGUCCUUAAGCAGGAUUCUGGCUACUACGAGCAUUUCUACAACGAGCUUCGGCCGUGGGAGCACUACAUCCCACUCAGGGCGGACCUUGGAGACCUGCUGGAAAAGAUCCAGUGGGCUCGUGACCACGACGAAGAGGCAAAGAAAAUUGCACUGGCGGGUCAGCAGUUUGCUCGCAAUCAUCUUAUGGGGAACAGCAUAUUUUGUUACUACUACAAACUUUUCCAGGAGUAUGCCAAACUCCAGGUCACAGAGCCCAAGAUUCGAGACGGCAUGGAGCUUGUAGAGCAGCCCAGUGAUGACCUGUUUCCAUGCUCCUGCCACAGGACGGGGGUAAGGGACACCGUUAGGUUCAUCUUGCAUCAGAGGGAAUUCGUUUCAGUUCACCUCAGCUCACAGGAUUACACGAGUCACCAGGAUAUCACCAGUGGAGUCUAGACCCACUGACGUGAAUAGGCCAUUUUGACAUGUCAGUGCAGGAUACACACAGGUGUAAUUAUUAGCCUAAUACUGGUAUUAAUGUUUAAACUUUGGUUCGUAAGUGUGGCUCCCGCUGGUGUGCGCGUGGCUCCCUCUGGUGUGUGUUAGGUGUCAAUGCAACUUUUUAAAUGAAUGCCAGUUGAACAUAAAAAUGUAGAGCAGCCCAGUGAUGACCCACGUUCCUGCCACAGGAUGAGGGUGAGGGGCACUGCUAAGUUUCUCUUGCAUCGGAGUCACUUUGUCUAGGUUCACCUCACCUUACAGGAUUACAACAGCAACAGGACUAGUCAGGCAACAUAAGUGAACAGACCUGUGUGGGUGGCCAAUGGAUAUGUGGGCGUUUUAAAUAUGAUGAUGGGAAACCAUAAGCUACCAUUUCCAUUCAAACCAAACUGCUGUGCAUAAGUACGCUGCCUCUUAUUGGAUUUUACUCAUUUUAUUUUGUCAGUGUCUGAUGGCACACGCUUCUUCCCACAUGCUAAAUAAAUCCAGCUAAUUUAAAUGCUGGCACAGAUGUCGUCUGAGUGACACCACAUCUCAGAUUCCAAUCUUA